UUUAUUUGAACCCUUCGAGGAAAGAGGCCAAAUUAGACAAAGGACCAAAAGACUAACCAGAUAUUAAAGAUGCAGUGGAGUCUCUUUCUGCUGAUUCUGAUGGGUCAGUGUUUCGUCUCCACCUGUUACCUGUAUGAGUACCACUUUAUUAGAGAAGACAAAACCUGGGAAGAAGCACAGAAAUACUGCAGAGAGAAUUAUGCAGACCUGGCCAGCGUGUUUGACAUGGCAGACAUGGCGAGACUGCGUGAAUCCAAAGAGUAUGAAGGAAAAAAGAGAGACGGUAAAUCGAUCCAUUUGAUUGAGGAGAAGAUAACCUGGACAAAGGCUCAGAACUACUGCAGAGAUCACUACACUGACCUGGCCAGUGGACUCGAUCAGGUGGAUGGGCAAGAAUUUAAGAUCCUGAAAAAGUCUCAGGAUUUGUGGAUCGGCCUGUUCAGAGACACCUGGAGGUGGUCAGAUGGAAGUAAUUUCUCUUUCAGGCACUGGGAUAUGGAGUCAUUUAAUGAUGGACAAAACAAAAAGAAAUGUGCUUCGACUCUGUUAAACAGAUCAAGAAAAUGGAGCUCUGAUGAAUGCAACAAAAAAAAGUAUUUCUUCUGUUAUGGUGAUAAAUUGAUUCUGAUCAAUGAAAACAAGACCUGGGAGGAAGCCUUGGAUUACUGCAGACUGCACCACACUGACCUGGUCUCCAUCACUAACCCUCACCAACAGAGAUGGGUGGAGAGGAGAGCCAAGAAUGCCAGCAGUCCUUACAUAUGGGUGGGACUGCGCUACACCUGCGUGCUGGAUCUGUGGUUCUGGAUCAGUGACAAAGCAGUCUGCUACGAGAACUGGGCUGAUAAUGGAAAGAUUGAGGAGUGUGGUAGGUGUGCAGCUAUGGAAAGAGGAGGACGGUAUCAGUGGGUCAGUCAAAGAGAACAUGAGAAAUAUAACUUUAUUUGUUCUACAGAGUAAGUUUUAAACCUCUCUGACUCACUGCAGGUUAAUUACUGCAGCAGAAAUAAUUUGCUUUUAUGAUUUUUAUCAAGCACUGAAUGUAGAAAGAUGAAAAAACAAUAAUAAUAUUGCAGUGAGUCACCCCUGUGUCUUAUAUUAAGAACCAAAAUAUGGAUUAGGGGAGAAGAGACUGUAUCCAACAUUACAAAAGCUAUAUGAAAAGAGUGAUUACAGUUUUUGUUUUAGGGUCUCGUGUGCGUUAUUUACACAGAAAAUCACAGCAUGUGGUGUUAGCAUAUUAGCAAUGAAAGCAGAGAGGAGGAACUGACAUCAUGUCCAGUUUCAACCAAGACGAUUAACAUCUAUGAUAAAUGUUUAACCUGCUGUUUAAUUUAAGUUAUAUCCAAGUGUGUUUGUAUGAUGAUUAAAAGUCGCUUUUUAGAGAUAAGUGGUCCUCAUAGCCAUGUUAUAAUCAUUUGUUUAAAGUAAACCUCAGUCUUAACCAUCUGCAGCAGUAAUAUUGAUCCAUAUAACACUGAUGACACUUUUACU